AUGGGAGGACGACCACGUGACUGCAACGAUAUUCCAGAUUGGUGUCCAAAUGGCGUUUAUAAAGUUUAUCCUAGAUAUACAACUGGAUUUAAAGUGUAUUGCGAAAUGAAAAUAGAUGGAGGACACUGGACUGUUUUCCAAAGGCGAGAAACCGGGUAUGUUGAUUUCCUUCGAGGAUGGAAUGAUUACAAACAUGGUUUUGGAUAUCUCAAGCAUGAAUUCUGGCUUGGAAAUAUAAAGAUGCAUUCUCUUACAUCACAUGGACAGUACGAAAUGAGAAUAGACUUAACAGACUUUGAGGGAAACCAUGCUUUUGCAAAAUAUAAACAUUUCAAAAUAGGUGCUGAAAGUACAAAGUUCAAACUGACAGCAAAUGGAUACUACGGCACUGCAGGUAACAGUUUGGAACACCAUAAUGGCUACAGUUUUUCUACCAGAGACCAAGAUAACGAUAAUGCUCCGAGUGGAAAUUGUUCGACUUGGUUCCCUGGCGGAUGGUGGUAUAACAGAUGCGUGACGGCUAAUCUGAAUGGCGUUUACUUCAUUAGAACACCAAUAUUGGAACACCGCGGUGUUUAUUGGCGAACUUGGAAAGGAAUAAACUACUCACUGAAAAACUCGGUGAUGAUGCUGCGAAGACUAUGAUGAACUGCAUUCAAUUUUGAUUAAAGUAUUUAGAA